AUGUCGAUAUCUAUCAUAUCUCUGCCUCUUCCUCUAAUUCUCCUAGUUCACCUCCACAUUCUUGAGUACCCUCACGCGAACAAGCCAGAGUACGACCACAAUGUCUUCAACCCGCGUGUGCGGGGCUUGCGAGACCGGACGAAGCUCAUGGAGGACGUCUGUUAUUUUUUGGUCGGAAAGCUAGAGGGUGGACGAGAUGGUGCCAAGACUAUUCUACCGAUGUAUCCGUGUUUGCAACCUUCGGAAACUGUGGCAUUUCGGACGUCUUUGUCAAAGUAUUUUGAGACCUUGAGGCAUCACUCGCUGUAUCCUUCGCUGAAAACCUCUCUGGGUGCUAGCGGGGGGAAAGUAAAAGCGAAGGAAUGGAUUACUGAGGCUGAAAGUUUGGCGACUGAUUGGUGGUGGAGGGACGUUGUGGUGCGCAAGUCUCUGCUAGAAGAAUGUUCCGGUGAAAAGUUUGAACGCCUUUUGCUAUCUGUUUCCACGCAUGUGCUGUUGAGAGGCUCCUCAACCAUACCACCCGAAAGAAUGAGCGCUGUCUUUCGCAGCCAGCCGUCGAUCUACACCGAUAUCUUGGCCAAGUGCCAGUCAAGUCGACAUUUGUGGCUUCGAAACGCGUCACUUUUCAUGCGACGACAGAGUGAUCUAAAAUCAUUGCGCCACAAUCUCAAUUCGCAUGCUGGCGAAGUCACGUCACGAUACGACUCGCUUACCACGCAAAAGCUGGUCUCCUUAUCCGAGUCGAAGUUCAACGAUUUGGCGAAUUCAUCCUGGAGUGGCGAAGAAGGUCGCCAAGUUUUCCAUGCCUUCAUUGAAAUGGCCGGCCUGAAAUUGAUGACGCCAUGCACUCAGCUGUCAUCAGAUUCUAUCCAGAUGACGAGUUUAAGCAAAACCGACAGGGUGACACCCCCACCUCCACUUCCCAUUGCGGCCGCUCACCACCCGUCAAAUCUACGAAAACUUCGGAAGCCGAUCUUCAACAAUGCUAAAACCAAGGAUGCCGAGCGCACUACACAAGCCCAACUCAUCCUCUCCGACUCUCUCAAUGCAGAGAAGAACAUGUACAUUACACUGGCUGAGGCACUCAUCACGGUGAAGAAGGUAUCUAAAAGCCUGGCUCAACAGAUGGCAGUCUUGCCAUCGGUCGAGGAUCUGCCGGGCCCCAAACUUGAUCUCUGGACACCAACCAUCGAGACUCGGGAGAGUUUUAACUUGAAUACCGAGCCGACGGUUGGGCUUCUAUCCUCUUUUGGGUUGGAUAUAUCUGACCCUAAAGGAGGCAUUGAGGACCGAAUGGACGACCUGAGAGAAAGGGUGUUACCGCCUUAUCCUCCCGUUCCAGAUAUGACAGCACCGAGGCUGCUUGCGGCGGACUCUCAACCGAACGUGCCGUCAACGUCAGUAUCAGUCCAGAGCGUGGGCCUCUUCGGCUCGCCGCCUCGGGGAGGGCUUUUCACAUCUACUCCACCAGGCAGCGUCAAGCCUCCAUCAGCGUAUCUCCAGAGUGGCAAAACAUCGGUGCGAUUCUCCCUGGCUAGGACAAGGCGGCCUACACUUUUCCAGAACGUGAUGAACGAUGAAGUCGAUUGGAUCGUACACGGGACGCAAGACGAUUCGACAGAAGAACCAAGUAGUGAGAUGCAGACGCCAAAGAGGAAGCAACCCGUCAACAGGAUCUGGACGGUCGGCAGUGCCAAGCCCAAGUCGACAGCGAAGAAGGGUACUCCUAGGGACUCAUUCCCGAUGGCUGCUCUCCUCAUCGAGCCCGCGAUGUCGUUGCCCUCGCUCCUUACCUCGUCCCUUUUGCAUGGGGACGAGGAUGGGGAUUUGAAUGCCGUGACACCGACGUUCGCACGAAGGGACAGUGCGGCUUCCUGGCUUGGUGACGACGACGGCGUUGAUGAUGAGUGGGAUGGAGAUGACCCUCCGAGCGUGACCCUCCGCGAUAUCCUGCUGCAUGCGGACACUAGUCAGUUCGAUUUGUUAGAUGCAGAAGGGGACGAAGACAGUAUGUUGGGUGAUGACGUGUCCUUCGAGUGGAAUUAA